AUGACGGUAAUAGCUCAACCAGGAGAUGAUAUGCCAUCUCAGGGAGAUCCUGGUAAAUGCUAUGCCAAGUGCUUAAUCCCGGAUCAGUAUGAAACUGUGACCGAGACCAUCACCACACGCGCUGCUUCAACUCGCACGGAGAUUGUACCUGCAGAGUAUGAAACGAUGACAGAAGAUGUACUUGUCAAAGAAGCAUCGACAAGAAUAGUACCCGUACCUGCAAAGUAUGAGACCGAUACGGAAGAUGUACUUGUAAAAGAAGCAUCAUCUAGAAUUGCAGCGGUACCAGCCGUAUAUGAAAAGGUAACUGAGAAAGUUCUUGUCAAAGAGGCUUCAAGCAGAAUCAUCCCGACCAAGGCUGUUUACGAGACCGUUACGGAAGAUGUAUUGGUAAAAGAAGCCUCAACUAGAAUUGAGUCUGUGCCUGCAUCAUAUGAAACUGUUACAGAAGAUGUCCUGGUGAAAGAGGCAUCAAGCAGAAUCGAAAGAGUACCAGCAAAAUACGAAACUCAAACCGAGACCAUCGAAGUUUCUCCCGCCACUACUAAGUGGGUGAAGAGAAAAGCCGAUCGCAACUAUUUAAUAUCCAAAGAACUCAAAAGACAAAGAGAAGGCAUCGAACUGAUUGCUUCUGAAAACUUCACCAGCCAGGCUGUGCUGGAUGCCAUGGGCACUUGUCUUACCAAUAAGUAUGCAGAAGGAUAUCCGGGCAAAAGAUAUUAUGGCGGAUGUGAAGUCGUCGACGAGAUUGAGCAAAUUGCCAUUGAUCGGCUAAAGGAACUGUUCAACGCCAGCUAUGCCAAUGUACAACCUCAUUCGGGAGCUCAGGCCAAUGCUGCAAUUUUCUUAGCUGUAUUACAGCCUGGCGAUAAAGUAUUAGGGUUUGAUCUCUCACAUGGGGGUCACCUAUCACAUGGGUCGCCAGUUAACUUUUCAGGCAAGGUUUACAAACCGGUCUUUUACGGAGUCGAAAAAGAGACUGGACGCAUAGAUAUGAACAAAGUAGCGGCCAUUGCUGAGCGUGAAAAGCCAAAGCUCAUUAUUUGUGGUGCUUCAGCCUAUGCCAGAGAUUGGGACUAUGCCCGAUUUAGAGAGAUUGCUGAUGCUGUCGGCGCCCUGCUUUUAGCUGAUAUAGCCCACCCCGCCGGUUUGAUAGCCACAGGAUUGUUAAAUGAUCCCAUUCGGCAUUGUCACAUCGUAAGUUCGACAACGCAUAAAACACUUCGAGGGCCGAGAGGUGGGUUGAUUAUGAUGGGUGAAAACUUUGCAAAUCCUGGGGUUUUUCCAGGUAUGCAGGGCGGACCACUAGAACAUGUGAUCGCGGCAAAAGCCAUCGCCUUUGGCGAGGCACUUCAACCAUCCUUUAAAACCUAUGGUGAACAGGUAAUCAACAAUGCGAAAGCCAUGUCGGCGGCCUUUAUGGAUUUGGGAUAUCACAUCAUAUCAGGAGGCACUGAUAAUCAUCUUAUGUUGAUUGAUUUAAGAUCAAAAGGUAUCAACGGCAAGCAAGCUGAGCAGUCCUUGGUGAAAGCGGAUAUUACGGUGAAUAAAAAUAUGGUGCCUUUUGACACAGAAUCUCCAUUUGUUACCUCAGGUAUCCGUAUCGGUACUGCGGCCAUUACGACCAGAGGUUUUGAUACCAAAGAUUGUCAGCAAGUGGUUGAGUGGAUUGAUGCCAUUCUUCGCAAUCUUGGGAAUGAUGUAAAAAUCAGUCAAGUGCGCAAAGAAGUAAAUCAAUUCAUGGAGCGCUUUCCACUCUACGAGUCUUCGCUUGUGGCAGGUGCCUGA